AUGAUCAUACAGCAGCAACAGUUAGAGAAGACUCUAAAAUUGGAAGUUUCCCUUAGAGAAGCUGUUGGGAUGCUCAUGUACCUAAUGGUCGGUACAAGUUCUGAUAUAGCUUUUACCACAUCUACGCCAGCAUGGUUUUCUGUAAUGAGUUAUCCUCACAUUCAUCAUGACAAGUACCCGGGUUACUUUCUAGCGCAAAAGGUGGAUAGAUGUCUGUUAGGGUUGCGAACACUCCUCGCCACACACGGGCAGCAAUCAUACACCCUCAUGAAAAUUUGGCCAUCCCUGGUGAUAGGCGCCAUCCUUAGGGGCUUGGAAGACUCUGAAGAGUUUCUCACUACUAUUACAUCGAACCUCCCUCACUACCUUAAGAUUCCAUUAUUCUACACCUCCACAACAGUCACUGUAACAGAUCCCACCCAUGCUAUGUUAAAGCUGGAACUAACCGGAUUAUGGAAGACAAUGGGCCAUCCUAUAGUCAACAUGGACAACAGCACACGCAGCUGGUUCACCAAAGGCACAGUACUCAAAAGAGGCCUAGAACCUGCAGCCGAGCAAAUCAACAACAUGUUUAAGAAAGAGUUUUGUAGACAAUAUAUUACAAAACCCAUAAAAAUGGCCCAAUGUGGAAUUUUUAUUAAGCAAGUAAAUAAUUUAGUGUAG